CUGGCAAACAAGGAAGCUCGCAUGAGCCCACCCGAUAACUUUUUGAGCUAGGGUUUCGAUUUAUCCAGGAGUUUGCUCUCCUUUUGGUUUAGAUUUGAAUGCUGUCUCUUUUCCUGAAGCUAUGGAAGCUUAUAAGAAUUGGGUAAGGAAGAACAAGGAUUACGUCCACUCAAUUGAGUCCCUUGCCAAUAGUUUGACGUGGCUUCUCCCGGAACGCUUUUCUGAUUCGGAAAUAGGACCAGAAGCAGUAACUGCUAUUUUGGGUAUAAUUACUGCUAUCAAUGAUCACAUAAUCGAAACGACCCCGACGCGAAACACUAGCUCUGCAGAGCCCUCUUCGUUCCCUUGGUCCUUGUGCAUAUCUGCUUUGAAGGACUUGGAGACAUUGGUUGAAGUUGUGGCACAACACUUCUAUGGUGACGAUAAAAAAUGGAAUUUCAUUGCCGUUACAGAGGCUAUAAAGGUACUAGUUAGGUUGGCUUUGUUCCGGGAUAGUGGAUAUAAGAUGCUCCUGCAUGGAGGUGAGGCAACAAAUACAGUGGAGGAUCCAAAUGCUUCUGGUUCCCACCACAGAAUGCAAAAUUUCACAAAACCUGGUGGACAUCAAGGGCCCGGUUACUUUCAGGACUAUAAUGGCUAUCGUGCACAGAAUCUGGAAGGAAGGGCAUUAUCAGCAUUGAGUAGGUUUGGAGAGAAUGCUAGGAUGACCUUGGACCCUACAUGGUUGAGCAGAUUACAUUAUCAACAUUCUCCAUUUGUGGAAUCUUCAAGUCCAGUGGCUGAGAGGCCUACCCUUGCCAAAGUUUUGUCUGACCAGGGGCUUUCUGGUGGCUUAUUUGUACUCAGUGAAGUGCUUUUUAUCACAAGGCCACUUAUUUAUGUUUUAUUCAUUAGAAAAUAUGGAGUUCGGUUUUGGUUGCCUUGGUUUAUUUCAUUAGCUGUGGAUAUCACUGGAACGGGAAUCCUUUCCCUUGUCACAAGUUCAUGGGGCAGUAAAAAUAACCAACAUUAUUCUCUUUCCACAUCUGAAAUGAAUGAGGUCAAAAGGAGAAAGCUGUUAUGGGCACUUUACUUGAUGAGAGAUCCAUUCUUCAGCAAGUAUACCAGGCAAAGACUUGAAAAUGCUGAGAAACUCUUGGAACCUGUUCCUGUCAUUGGGUUACUCACAGCUAAAUUUAUCGAACUUAUUAUUGGAGCUCAGACACGGUACACUUAUAUGUCAGGAUCAUGACAAAGAAUUUGUGGGGGCCUUGCUUCUUGUGCACCUUUUGCAAUUAAGUUAACCUCCAAUUCCACAAGAAAGAAAAACAGUGAAAAUUCAAGAUUGUCUUCAGAACUCAGCUACAAAUGUGCUGCAUCGGUUUUUACCUAAUAUCUACUAUAUAGUGAGGUUCAGUUGGUUAUUUGCUCAAUUGUUUCAUCAAAUGUAUUUUAAUAUAAGAACUGAUUUCCAUGAGCUAAA